UGACCUGCGGCUCCGCGACUUCUCGCCUGCUCUCCGUCUUCCCUCCCACAGCGGCCGCUCAGCCCCCGCCCCCUGGCCCUCCCAGCGGGUCUUCACCGGGCCUCUCUGGCCCGAGCGUCCCCUCAUCUCUCUGAUCUGGCCUAUCCGGCUCCGGAGGGAGGCGCGGGUGGGUGAGCGAAGCUGUGCGUCUAUGUGGUCCAGGCCCCGGAAGACGGGCUCCGCCCCCAGCACCCUCUCGCGCCCCGCCCCCGGCUGGCGGGGUCUCCCCGGGACCAUCCGGGCCUCUCCCGGCCGGGCCCGCGCUCUCUAUGGAGGCCCCCGCCGGGCUGUAGAGCCCUUCGCCCCCUGGGGACGCACCCGUCUGUAAGGUCCCUUUCGGCCUGCAGCGACCCGCGCCUGUAACUGCUGGAUACCAUUUAUGGGUUCAGCCACCUAUGAGGGCCCUUGUCUGUGAGGGGCUCCCACGGUCCCUAAGGGUCGGCCCGUCCGUGACGAGCCCAUUUACAGGGUCUUCCAUGGAGCUGUAGGGCCCAUCCCUCCGCUGCCAGAGCGCUUCUACUGCGACGGUUCCCUUCGCCGGAACUGCGAUUCCUGGACCUCCCGGGUCUACACGGCUAUGUCCCGUCUGUAGAGGUCGCAUUUGCAGGGCCUCACGGGUGGAGGGUCCUCUCGGGUCUGUAAGCGUCAGUGCGGGAGGAGGUGAUGGCCCCGAGCCGGGCUCUGGCCGUGGCGCUGACGCUGUCUUUGGCGGUGCUGGGGCCGCUGUCCCCUGGGGCCCGGGCUGGGGACUGCAAGGGACAGCGCCAAGUGCUGCGGGAGGCGCCAGGCUUCGUGACGGAUGGCGCGGGCAACUACAGCGUCAAUGGCAAUUGCGAGUGGCUCAUCGAGGCCCCAAGCCCCCAGCACCGGAUCCUGCUGGACUUCCUCUUCCUGGACACAGAAUGCACCUAUGACUACCUGUUUGUGUAUGAUGGGGACUCCCCCCGAGGCCCCCUGCUUGCCAGUCUGAGCGGGAGCACCCGGCCUCCGCCCAUCGAGGCUUCCUCAGGCAAGAUGCUGCUGCACCUUUUCAGCGAUGCCAACUACAACUUGCUGGGCUUCAACGCUUCCUUCCGCUUCUCCCUGUGCCCAGGGGGCUGCCGCAGCCAUGGGCAAUGCCGGCCCCCCGGCGUGUGUGCCUGUGAGCCGGGCUGGGGGGGCCCUGACUGUGGCCUGCAGGAGUGCCCAGCCUACUGUGGCAGCCAUGGUACCUGCGCCUCGCCCCUAGGACCUUGCCGCUGUGAACCUGGUUUCCUGGGACGCGCCUGUGACCUGCACCUGUGGGAGAACCAGGGGGCUGGCUGGUGGCACAAUGUGAGUGCCGGGGACCCCGCCUUCUCUGCUCGCAUCGGGGCAGCUGGCGCCUUCCUGUCCCCGCCGGGGCUGCUGGCUGUUUUUGGAGGCCAGGAUCUCAACAGUGCCCUGGGCGACCUCGUCCUAUAUAACUUCUCUGCCAACGCCUGGGAGCGCUGGGACCUGAGUCCUGCCCCGGCGGCACGUCACUCCCACGUGGCUGUGGCCUGGGCUGGCUCCCUGGUGCUGAUGGGCGGUGAGCUGGCUGAUGGCUCCCUCACCAGCGAUGUGUGGGCCUUUACUCCGCUGGGCGGGGGCCACUGGGAGCUCCUGGCACCACCGGCAUUUGGUUCCUCGGGACCACCAGGCCUGGCCGGUCACGCAGCUGCUCUGGUAGAUGACGUCUGGCUCUACGUGUCUGGUGGCCGCACCCAGCACGACCUAUUUUCCUCUGGCCUCUUCCGUUUCCGCUUGGACAUCACCAGUGGGGGCUAUUGGGAGCAGGUGAUUCCAGCAGGUGGGCGGCCCCCUGCUGCCACUGGCCACUCCAUGGUGUUCCACGCCCCCUCUCGUGCUUUGCUGGUUCACGGUGGACAUCGGCCUUCCACUGCCCGGUUCUCUGUGCGGGUCAAUUCCACUGAGCUUUUCCAUGUGGAUCGGCGUGUGUGGACAACCCUGAAGGGCCGGGAUGGGCUUCAGGGCCCGCGGGAGCGAGCCUUCCACACGGCCAGCGUCCUGGGCAACUACAUGGUAGUCUAUGGGGGCAACGUGCACACCCAUUACCAGGAGGAAAAGUGCUAUGAAGACGGCAUCUUCUUCUACCACCUUGGCUGCCAUCAGUGGGUGUCAGGGGCUGAGCUUGCUCCCCCAGGAACCCCGGAGGGCCGAGCAGCGCCUCCCAGUGGUCGCUACUCCCAUGUGGCGGCUGUGCUUGGGGGCAGUGUACUAUUGGUGGCUGGGGGAUACAGUGGCCGGCCCCGUGGGGACUUGAUGGCUUACAAGGUGCCCCCCUUUGUGUUCCAGGCACCUGCCCCAGAUUACCACCUGGACUAUUGCUCCAUGUACACAGACCACAGUGUCUGCUCCCGAGAUCCUGAAUGCAGCUGGUGUCAGGGGGCCUGCCAAGCCGCACCACCUCCUGGGACUGCCUUGGGGCCUUGUCCUGCUGCCAGCUGCCUGGGCCUGGGCCGCCUCCUGGGGGACUGCCAGGCCUGCCUGGCCUUCAGCAGCCCCGCAGCUCCUCCCCGCGGGCCUGGUGCCCUGGGCUGGUGUGUGCACAACGAGAGCUGCCUGCCUCGGCCUGAGCAGGCCCGCUGCCGAGGGGAGCAGAUCUCAGGCACCGUGGGCUGGUGGGGCCCUGCACCUGUCUUCGUCACAUCCCUGGAGGCCUGCGUCACCCAGAGCUUCCUGCCUGGCCUGCACCUGCUCACUUUCCAGCAGCCCCCCAAUGCCUCUCAGCCCGACAAGGUCUUGAUUGUCCGCAGUACGACCAUCACCCUGACUCCCAGCCCAGAAACCGAUGUGUCCUUGGUCUACCGCGGCUUCAUCCACCCCCUGCUGCAGGGCGGGCCUGGCCGGGGCACUGAGGACGUGGCUGUGUGGGCCCGGGCCCAGCGCCUCCAUGUUCUGGCCCGCAUGGCCCGUGGCCCUGACACAGAGAACAUGGAGGAAGUGGGGCGCUGGGUGGCUCAGCAGGAGAAGGAGACGAGACGGCUACAGCGCCCAGGGUCUGCUCGCCUCUUCCCACUGCCUGGGCGAGGCCACAAGUAUGCUGUGGAGAUCCGCGGCCAGCUCAAUGGCUCGGCGGGCCCUGGGCACAGCGAACUUACCCUGCUGUGGGACCGGACAGGCGUGCCAGGCGGCAGCGAGAUCUCCUUCUUCUUCCUGGAACCCUACCGCUCUUCGGCCUGCACCACCUACUCCUCCUGCCUGGGCUGCUUGGCGGACCAGGGCUGUGGCUGGUGCCUGACCAGUGCCACCUGCCACCUGCGCCAGAGUGGGGCCCACUGUGGGGAUGGGGACGACGGGGCCGGUGGAUCCCUGCUGGUGCUGGUGCCUGCCCUCUGCCCACUCUGUGAGGAGCAUCGUGACUGCCACGCCUGUACUCAGGAUCCCUUCUGCGAGUGGCAUCAGAGCACCAGCCGCAAAGGGGACGCAGCAUGCAGUCGGCGGGGCCGGGGCCGGGGUGCCUUGAAGAGUCCAGAGGAGUGUCCCCCACUCUGCAGCCAGCGCCUGACCUGUGAUGACUGCCUGGCCAACUCCAGCCAGUGUGCCUGGUGCCAGUCCACCCACACCUGCUUCCUGUUUGCUGCCUACCUGGCCCGGUACCCGCAUGGAGGCUGCCGCGGCUGGGAUGACAGCGUGCACUCGGAGCCCCGGUGCCGGAGCUGCGACCGCUUCCUCACCUGCCAUGAGUGUCUGCAGAGCCAUGAGUGCGGCUGGUGUGGCAACGAGGACAACCCCACACUGGGACGGUGCCUCCAGGGGGACUUCUCGGGGCCCCUGGGUGGGGGUAACUGCUCCCUGUGGGUUGGGGAGAGCCUGGGACUGCCUGUGGCCCUCCCUGCCCGCUGGGCCUAUGCCCGCUGUCCGGAUGUGGACGAGUGUCGCCUGGGCCUGGCACGGUGCCACCAGAGGGCCACCUGCCUGAACACGCCCCUCAGCUACGAAUGUCACUGCCAGCGGGGCUACCAGGGCGACGGAGUCACCUACUGCAACCGCACGUGCCUGGAGGACUGUGGCCAUGGUGUGUGCAGCGGGCCCCCCGACUUCACCUGUGUGUGUGACCUGGGCUGGACGUCCUACCUGCCUCCGCCCACACCCGCCCCAGGGCCCCCUGCCCCUCGAUGCUCCCGGGACUGCGGUUGCAACUUCCACAGCCACUGCCGCAAGCGUGGACCUGGCUUCUGUGAUGAGUGCCAGGACUGGACAUGGGGGGAACACUGUGAACGGUGCCGGCCUGGCAGCUUUGGCAAUGCCACGGGUUCAGGCGGCUGCCGGCCCUGCCAGUGCAACGGGCAUGGGGACCCGCGUCGUGGCCACUGCGACAACCUCAGCGGACUCUGCUUCUGCCAGGACCACACUGAGGGUGCCCACUGCCAGCUCUGCUCCCCUGGCUACUAUGGGGACCCCCGGGCCAGUGGCUCCUGUUUCCGGGAAUGUGGGGGUCGUGCCCUCCUCACCAAUGUGUCUUCAGUGGCGUUGGGCUCACGCCGGGUUGGGGGGCUGCUGCCUCCAGGUGGCGGGGCUGCAAGAGCCGGGCCAGGCCUGUCCUACUGUGUGUGGGUUGUCUCCGCCACUGAGGUGCUGCAGCCCUGUGCCCCUGGGACUCUCUGUCCCCCACUCACCCUCACCUUCUCCCCUGACAGCAGCACCCCCUGCACGUUGAGCUAUGUCCUGGCCUUUGAUGGAUUCCCACGCUUCCUGGACACAGGUGUCGUCCAGUCGGACCGCAGCCUCAUUGCUGCCUUCUGCGGCCAGCGGCGGGACAGGCCUCUCACUGUGCAGGCCCUGUCUGGGCUGCUGGUGCUACACUGGGAGGCCAAUGGCUCCUCAUCCUGGGGCUUCAAUGCCUCAGUGGGCUCUGCCCGUUGUGGGUCAGGGGGCCCUGGAAGCUGCCCUGUACCCCAGGAGUGUGUGCCCCAGGAUGGGGCCUCGGGCGCAGGACUCUGCCGAUGUCCCCAGGGCUGGGCUGGCCCCCACUGCCGCAUGGCUCUGUGUCCUGAGAACUGCAAUGCCCACAGUGGGGCAGGAACUUGUAACCAGAGUCUGGGUGUGUGCAUCUGUGCUGAGGGCUUUGGGGGCCCCGACUGUGCCACAAAGCUGGACGGAGGGCAGCUGGUGUGGGAGACCCUCAUGGACAGCCGCCUCUCAGCUGACACGGCUAGCCGCUUUCUGCACCGCCUGGGGCAUACCAUGGUGGAGGGACCUGAUGCUACCUUGUGGAUGUUUGGGGGUCUGGGCCUGCCCCAGGGACUGCUGGGAAACCUGUACAGGUAUUCAGUGAGUGAGCGGCGGUGGACACAGAUGCUGGCAGGAGCUGAGGAUGGGGGUCCAGGCCCCUCACCUCGCUCCUUCCAUGCAGCGGCCUAUGUGUCCUCUGGCCGUGGUGCCAUGUACCUGCUUGGGGGGCUCACAGCUGGUGGUGUUGCCCGUGACUUUUGGGUCCUCAACCUCACCACCCUACAGUGGCGGCAGGAGAAGGCCCCUCAGACUGUGGAGCUGCCAGCAGUUGCCGGUCACACCCUUACUGCCCGCCGAGGCCUGUCUCUGCUCCUGGUGGGCGGUUACUCCCCUGAAAAUGGCUUCAACCAGCAGCUGCUUGAGUACCAGCUGGCGACUGGCACCUGGGUGUCUGGGGCCCAGAGUGGGACACCGCCCACAGGUCUCUAUGGUCAUUCUGCCGUGUACCAUGAGGCCACCGACUCCCUCUAUGUGUUUGGGGGUUUCCGUUUUCAUGUGGAACUGGCGGCCCCAUCCCCUGAACUCUACUCCCUGCACUGCCCUGACCGCACCUGGAGCCUGCUGGCCCCUUCUCAGGGGGCAAAGCCCCGGCCCCGACUUUUCCACGCUUCAGCCCUGCUAGGAGACACCAUGGUGGUCCUUGGGGGGCGCUCGGACCCUGAUGAGUUCAGCAGUGACGUUUUGCUCUACCAGGUCAACUGCAACGCCUGGCUGCUGCCCGAUCUCACCCGCCCAGCCUCUGUGGGUCCCCCAAUGGAAGAAUCUGUGGCCCAUGCCGUGGCAGCAGUGGGGAACCGCCUGUAUAUCUCGGGGGGCUUUGGGGGGGUGGCCCUGGGCCGCCUGCUCGCCCUCACUCUGCCCCCUGACCCCUGCCGCCUGCUGCCCUCACCUGAAGCUUGUAACCAGUCUGGGGCCUGCACUUGGUGCCACGGGGCCUGCUUAUCUGGGGAUCAGGCCCACAGGCUGGGCUGUGGGGGCCCACCCUGCUCCCCAAUGCCACGCUCUCCAGAGGAAUGUCGCCGGCUCCGGACCUGCAGUGAGUGUUUGGCCCGCCAUCCCCGGACCCUGCAGCCAGGAGAUGGAGAGGCAUCUGCCCCCCGCUGUAAGUGGUGUACCAACUGCCCCGAGGGUGCCUGCAUCGGGCGCAAUGGGUCCUGCACUUCGGAGAAUGACUGUCGGAUCAACCAGCGAGAGGUCUUCUGGGCAGGAAACUGCUCUGAGGCUGCGUGCGGGGCGGCUGACUGCGAGCAGUGCACCAGGGAGGGCAAGUGCAUGUGGACACGGCAGUUCAAGAGGACAGGGGAGACCCGCCGCAUCCUCUCAGUGCAGCCCACCUAUGACUGGACAUGCUUUAGCCACUCUCUGCUCAACGUGUCCCCGAUGCCAGUGGAGUCAUCGCCCCCUCUGCCCUGCCCCACCCCCUGUCACCUCCUGCCAAACUGCUCCUCCUGCCUGGACUCCAAGGGUGCUGACGGGGGCUGGCAGCACUGCGUCUGGAGCAGCAGCCUCCAACAGUGUCUGAGCCCCUCCUACUUGCCCCUGCGAUGUAUGGCUGGAGGCUGUGGGCGGCUGCUCCGAGGCCCCGAGAGCUGCUCCUUGGGUUGUGCCCAGGCUACCCAGUGUGCCCUGUGCCUUCGGCGCCCCCACUGUGGCUGGUGUGCCUGGGGGGGCCAGGACGGGGGUGGCCGCUGCCUGGAGGGUGGACUCAGCGGCCCCCGGGAAGGGCUGAUGUGUGGGCGUUCUGGGGCAUCCUGGGCCUUCCUGGCCUGCCCCCCUGAGGAUGAGUGUGCCAAUGGGCACCACGACUGCAACGAGACACAGAACUGCCACGACCGGCCUCACGGUUAUGAGUGCAGCUGCAAGACGGGCUACACUAUGGAUAACGUGACGGGGUUGUGCCGCCCCGUGUGUGCCCAGGGCUGCGUGAAUGGCUCGUGUGUGCAGCCUGACCACUGCCGCUGCCACUUCGGCUUUGUUGGCCGCAACUGCUCCACCGAGUGUCGCUGCAAUCGCCACAGCGAGUGCGCCGGCGUGGGGGCCCGUGACCACUGCCUGCUUUGCCGCAACCAUACCAAGGGCAGCCACUGUGAGCAGUGUCUUCCGCUGUUUGUUGGUUCAGCCGUGGGGGGCGGGACCUGUCGACCCUGCCAUGCCUUCUGUCGCGGCAACAGCCACGUCUGUGUCUCCAGGAAGGAGCUUGAAAUGGCCAGGAGGGAGCCAGAGAAGUACUCACUGGAUCCAGAGGAGAUUGAAAACUGGGUGACAGAGGGGCCUAGUGAAGAUGAGGCCGUGUGUGUGAACUGCCAGAAUAACAGCUACGGGGACAAGUGCGAGAGCUGCCUCCAUGGCUACUUCCUCCUGGACGGGAAGUGCACCAAAUGCCAGUGUAACGGGCAUGCAGACACAUGCAACGAGCAGGAUGGAACGGGCUGCCCAUGUCAGAACAACACAGAGACGGGCACGUGCCAGGGCAGCUCCCCAAGCGACCGCCGAGACUGCUACAAGUACCAGUGUGCCAAGUGCCGAGAGUCAUUCCAUGGGAGCCCACUGGGUGGCCAGCAGUGCUACCGCCUCAUCUCUGUGGAGCAGGAGUGCUGCCUGGACCCCACGUCUCAGACCAAUUGCUUCCAUGAGCCCAAGCGCCGGGCUCUGGGCCCAGGCCGCACUGUCCUCUUUGGCGUGCAGCCCAAGUUCACCAAUGUGGACAUCCGUCUGACGCUGGAUGUGACCUUCGGUGCUGUCGACCUCUACGUGUCCACCUCCUAUGAUACCUUCGUGGUCCGCGUGGCCCCAGACACGGGCGUCCACACUGUGCAUAUCCAGCCUCCCCCGCCCCCUCCACCGCCUCCACCCCCUGCCGAUGGGGGACCCCGGGCAGCAGUGGAUCCUGGGGGACCAGGGGCCGGGAGUGGGCCAGGCACCUCAGUGGAGCCCCGUGUGCGGGAGGUGUGGCCGAGGGGCCUGAUAACUUACGUGACAGUGACAGAGCCGUCGGCGGUGCUGGUGGUCCGAGGUGUCCGGGACCGGCUGGUCAUCACCUACCCACAUGAGCACCACGCCCUCAAGUCAAGCCGCUUCUACCUGCUACUUCUGGGCGUGGGGGACCCGAACGGGCCUGGUGCCAAUGGCUCAGCCGACUCGCAGGGCCUGCUCUUCUUCCGGCAGGACCAGGCCCACAUUGACCUGUUUGUCUUCUUCUCCGUCUUCUUUUCCUGCUUCUUCCUCUUCCUCUCGCUCUGCGUGCUCCUCUGGAAGGCCAAGCAAGCCUUGGACCAGCGGCAGGAGCAGCGUCGGCACCUGCAAGAGAUGACCAAGAUGGCCAGCCGCCCCUUUGCCAAGGUUACCGUCUGCUUCCCACCCGACCCUGCUGCCCUGGCCCCUGCCUGGAAGCCAGCGGGGCUCCCGCCACCCACCUUCCGCCGCUCUGAACCCUUCUUGGCACCCCUGCUGCUGACAGGAGCUGGUGGGCCCUGGGGACCAGUGGGAGGGGGCUGCUGUCCUCCAGCCCUUCCUUCCACCACUGCUGGCCUGCGAGCCGGGCCUAUCACCCUCGAGCCCACAGAAGAUGGCAUGGCUGGGGUGGCCACACUGCUGCUCCAGCUGCCCGGUGGGCCCCAUGCGCCCAAUGGCGCCUGCCUGGGGUCAGCCCUUGUCACGCUGCGGCACCGGCUGCACGAGUACUGUGGAGGAAGUGGGGGGGCAGGGGGCAGUGGGCAUGGGGCGGGUGCAGGCCGGAAGGGACUGUUGAGUCAGGACAACCUCACUAGCAUGUCCCUCUGACCUGUAGCAGGAUCCUCAGUCUCGUAUACAUGUCCCUUGAUGGGGCCACCCAGGACUUGGGGUCCCGCCACCUGGGAUCCCUGGACGCUGUGUUCUCAGAGACCCCUGGCUCCCUCCCUGCCCCCAGGGGCCCCUAGGCAGGGCCUUCUUUGUUCUGCACUCAAUUAUUUAUUGAAUAUCUAUUGUGUGCCAGGCGCUGUUGAAGGCCUGUUAAAUCCCGAUCUCCUGGGAUUUAAGUUGUAGCAAAGGGAGAUAAUCAGUGUACACACACACACGCACACAAGAAAGAUCCUUCCUUUCCUGAUGGAGUAGUGCCUAGAGGUGUCGACUGGAUGUGGCUGUGAGGGAUAGCAGGAUGAAGUCCGUGGGACAUUCGGAGAAGCUAGACUGGAAGGAACUGGCUGUGGGAAAAGCUGCAGGAAGUGGGUUCCAGGCAGAGGGAACUGCUGGGUCAAAGGCCCUGAGGUGGUUUUAAUGGAGGGGUGAGAAAGCUGCCUGUGUGGCCCAGACCCAGCGCAGAGGAGAUGAGGUUGAUGAGGUUGGGGUCAGGCGAAGGCCAGAUCACCAGGGCUUUGGAUUUUUUUUCCUCAGGCAGUGGGACACCAUGAGGCGGUUUUAUGAGGGAGCAUGACAGGGUUUGAUGUGCCUGUUUAAGAGGUCAGACUGCUGUGAGGUGGCAGAGGCACAGGAGAUGAUGGGUUAGAUCAAGGUGAGGGGCUCAGGGACAGAUGUGUGUGGAAGGAUGUAACCAUGGUGUGGAUGUCAGGGUGAAAGGAGAGGAAUCUUGGAAGACCCCCAACUUUGUGGCCCCAGUGGUGGGUGCAUGGCGGGUCAUUUAAGAUGAAGGUGACUAGGGCCUGUGGGGCUCAUCAGAAGUCCAGUUUUAGACCUAAAUGCCCUUUAGACUUCCCUUCAGUCAUGUCAAGCCAGGCCAGCAGAAACCACUGAGUGUUUUCUGCGGGAAGGCCUGAGUGCAGGAGACUGGCUGUGUGGAGCGAGAUGUGACUGAGAAGAGGGGGAUAGGACAAGCAAGGAGGAGCAAGGACAAGCAAGCUGCUGCCCCUACUAGACUGGAGAGACAAAGCCCAGGUGGUGUCAGCUGACCCCUGCCAGGGUUGCCUGGUCCAGAGGGAGUGCCAGAAGACAAAGGUGCUGCCUGCUGCCCUGGGCGGGGUAGGGCAUGGAGGGGGCAGGAUACCAAAGGUGGAGAUAGAAAUGGUGGCGUAUUCAGCAUACGGCUCUCUUUCCGGAUGAUGCUGCCUUGAAGACUUCUGGGCUCUCCCUGGAGCCUGCUCCCCACCCCAGCCACCACUGUGGACUUCGGAGCUGCUCUCCCCUUUGAGGCACCCCUCCCCCCAUUCUGAUCAUCUUGAACUUGGGGCUUAUCUUUCCCAAGACUCUAUCCUGGCUGCCUUUUUGGACCUUGGGGAGCUGGGCCCUGCCUGUAUCUUCCUUUCUACAGGGGACAGAGCAGCCUGAAGAGGGGGAGUGAUUGAAUCAACAAUAAAGUGUGUGGGGGAGACCUGGUGUCCCAGCGUUCUCUGCAUGCAGGCGGUUGUCUGCUCCGAACCAGCAUGCAAGCACUGGAUACUUGGGCAAAUGGCCUCAUCUUGAUGACCCUCCAAACUCUGUGACCUGGGUGGGCUCCUCACUGCCCCCUCCUGGGCAGACGGUGGGGGUGCUAUGAUAGAAGCUCUUGUUCCUCAGAAGGGAUGAAAUGAAGGGAUGAUGAGGGCAGUGGACCCUCCUGUCACGUGGGAGACCCCAGUUUGUCUCAGGAGGGGAGACAUUGCAGUGGUCUCAGAUUCAGGUUUUCUUCAGGUCUCUGACUUAUGGGCACAGACUGAGAUGAGGCCCCAGCACGAUGCGCUUUCUCUAGUUCAGGAGGACUCUCUCCGGGCCAAACUUGGGGCUUCAGGCCCUUUUAUCUGCAUGUACCCUGGGCAAACAAGGGCCCUAGGACAGUGGGAGUGGGAGAGCAGCAUCCCCUCAGUCAACCCUACUCAACUCAGCAAAAGAGGAGUCUCACUGGGAAUGUUAAACAAUGUAACAUAAACCCAGCUACAUCUGACUUUAACCAAAACAUGGUCAUGAGCUGAGCUUAAGGGAGUGUGGGUCUUGGGGCUGGGCUGUGAAUAUCACAGCAUUUUCAGACUUUCUGGACCUUUGAAGAGCUUUUGUGGGAUUACUCUGCCCACCUUGCCUCCACGAGCUAAUGGCAGGACAUAACCUCCCUGCCAGGCCUGUGAGUUUAUACUGCGUACCUUGCGUCUGGCCAGUGUGUUUGGCACCUUCACGCUGUGGUGUUUUUUUUUUUCAUUGUUGUUUUAUUUUAAAGAUUUAUUUAUUUUUAUACAAGAACUGGGGUACAGGCCAGAGACAAAGGAGGGUGAGGGAAUUCACCAGAGACAGAGUGGGGAGCAAAACAGGCAGAUUGAGUGAAAUACACCGCUGAGGGGAGCAGUGGGCAAGACAGGAGAGGUCUGCCAGCCAUAUGCAUUAUCUCCCUGGCUGUCGGGGAAUCGAACCUGCGCUGCAGGGGCUGCAGACAGCUUCACAGCGCUGCGCUCAACCCACUGUGCCACCGGGGCGGCCCCCACGCUGUGGUUUUAUUUGAUCUUUACAAAGACUGUUAGAGCUGUGGUUUCAUUUGAUCUUUCCAACAACCGUAUGAGACAGCUAUGUAAUCUCCGUUUUGCACAUGAGAAAACUGAAGUUCCUAGACGUCAUUUAGCUGUGGAGUGAGAGAAGCCAUCAGGACCCAGGCUGCCUCAAAUCCACGUGUCUGACUAGUAGAUUCUUCUGCCUCCCAGGAAGGAGAAAGGUGUUAAAAAUAGCUGUUUUCUGCCUGGAAUAAGGCAGGCUCUCCCAAAUGGGUUGCUGACCCUCAGCAAGACAUCUGCCUCAUGUUGUCUGCGGGCCGGUGGAAGGUUCUCCCUGCACCAUCAGGAAGGAGUGAGUGAAGGUAGUUCUCUGCUCCUCCACGUUGCACUUGGUCCUUUUGGUAAGGUCUCUUGCUAGCCAUCCCCGGUGGCAUGGGCAGCCUACAUGAGGCCUUUGCACUGGGAAUGGGCCUUCUGUCUGGGAUGUGGAGUCACCCGCCCCCAAGUCCUGUCACAGCUGAGUGGAUGCCCCUGUCCUGAUACCCUGUAACAUGUGUGCCUCCUAUCUCUACAUCAGCGCCUCAGCUGUAUCUAUGCUCUGUAACGGAAGAGGCUCCAGGUAAAGUGAGAGCAAGCCUGGCCAAGGGAGGCUAGAGGCCUGGAUCCUGGCCCAUGCUGGAGAGAUUUCAGGAAGGGGGCGGAGGUGGG